AUGGCGCACGCACAUUCACACCCGAUUCCUCAUGACCUUUUCACCCAGGAGACACCUCCGUCGCCGGUCUUGACAAACCCAGACAUGAUCCUUCCAUACCGCCCUCUCGAAAAUCCAAGCCCAAUACCGCUUGCGUCCUCCCCCAUACUACUGACAUCGUCUCCUCCUGCACGCCCCGAUUCCGCCGUGUCGUUAACUUCACCUGAUGUUGAAGUUUCCACAGGGUCGGGAGUUGCGACAGCGGUCCGAAUGCCGCCCCCGAUGGUGACCCCAAUCGACACAAGCUACCAUGGCUACGAACACGGAGCGCCGCUCAGUGAUAUCGGUGAAGAGGAGACUCCAAUAUCAAGGAGGAGCCGAGCAACUGAUUACUUUGCACAAUCGGACCCACCGUCACCUACACCCGGCGGUGCAAACACGAGACAGUUGCGCAGACUGAGUACGCAAUCUUCGUCAAGUAUAGGUUCAGAUUUGGGGGACUGGGAGAACUUUGAUACUUCAAAAAUCAUGAACGAGCGACUGGCCGCCGACGUGGCCAAAGUACCAGACGAAAAGGUGGAGGGGGGCGAUAGCAAAAGGAACAGCAUCGUCGGGAUAAGCGCCGAGGACGAAGUGGCACUGCUCAAUGAACGGGCAGAAAAAAUCUUAGCGCAAGCAAGGAAACGCUUAACUAACAUGGAAGACAACCUGAGUAAAGCGCGACACAGUGUUCUUCUAUCUUCGCGGUCCUCACCAAAUAUUAAUGAGCUUCAUCAACCCGCUGGAGGACUCUACCGUUCGAUCUCCUUGGCUGGUGCAAGUUCACGCAAACCUAGGCUGCUGACUCAGGUCACAAGGGCUCAUUCUACGCAUUCCAGGGGUGGCAGCGAUACAGCAAUCAACGGCGGCCUGAAGCGAUUAUCAAUGAUUGCAGAGGUACGGUCUGCAAGUGCUCUGGAGUACGGUCUUAGGCAGGAAUCGCCGCAACAGGUAGACUCCUCGCCCCAGCCACGAUUCGAGGGAGCCUCGCCUGCCAGCUUUCACAGUCAUAAUUCAACCCUUCGAGCUCUCGAGGAGGAGGAGGGUGAAGGCACGCCUAGCACAAUCAAGACCUCGCCAGAAUCGUUUGGGCCUCGAGGGCUGGGAAUCAAUACUCUAGCCUCUAUUUCCAGAGAAGAUGUUUCUGUGCUUCCUAGCAGUCCAAGUACUGCGAUCGCCCGUUCACCUUCACAGAUGUCGAGCCGUUCCACAAAGGAGAUUCGGGAGCAAAUAUCGGAUUUACGAAGCAAGAUCUCCGAGCUGAAGGAGAAAGCUCAAGCGGACAGCCUCAGAAGAAGAAGCAUCCAGAGCAUUCGUACACCCAGCCCCUUCACAAACGCCAGAACUCCCGAACAAUGGUACACAAGUGCACCAGAGUACAAAGAAGCAGGCAGUCCGCUUAAUACAAACGCAGGGCUGGGGUGGAGUCCCUCUCAACACAAAAGUCCAGUUGAAAUACAAGUCACUCCCGUCACCCCGCAGGAGCAGAAAUUUCAAGAUAUCGAUCAGCCAGCCACAGACGAAUCCAAGCUCAAUAGUGCGGUCAAGACCGAUAAAAAUACGCCCAGUUUACAUAAGUCUGUCAAUGUCCUGUCCCCCCUUGUCGGUGAGUCUGGAUCAAUCAUUCAGGAAUCUUGCUAUGAGGAUGCCGCCCAAACCUUGGACGAUGAAGAACCAAUUGCUGCUUCGGAGGAAGAGCAAAUCUAUCUAAAUGAAGUCCUUCAGGAGAGUCUAGAAGAGUUCGAGCCCGAUGUUCCUGACCUCCCAGAGCAUAUCCUGGCAUCUGAGCAAGCAGCAGGAAGACAUGAGGACAGAUACGAUGCUUUCGAUUACGAGAACAUGUUUCUUCACAGUACCCUAGGCAACUACACUGGAACUGGAACCCGAAGUGAGACCCCGAGUGAAAGCGAUACUAGCAGCCUCAGGACGACUCGAGCAGAGCAGAACACGCCACCAGCCGAAGACGACGAGGAUGAAGAGCAGGCAUACCCCGAGUCAGCUGAUGAAGAAAGAAGCGGUACCCCUACCCCAGUGGUGGACAAGUUCUCGCAACACCUAUCGCAAGCGCCACCCAUGGCGUACAUGCGAGCACCCUCAAUACCGUGGACGAAGAACGUUCGCAGUAAUAGCAUGGAUUCCGUGUCUACUAGUGCAACUUUCGCCACCGCGACAGAGGGCGAUGGGCCUGAAGAAUCUCAAGGUGAUGAUGGUCUACCGACCGACAUUUUGACCUGGGGGCCUGGCACGGGUAUAUCUCAGCUCCCGAAGAGCUCUGGGGUAGAAAGGACCCCACCAGUUUGGCCAACACCUCCUAUGGGUGGCCGAGCUUCGCAGCCUGAGACCGGGUCGACUCAGAAGAUUCGUCAGCGGGUCACAGUGGUUACUAAUGGUAUUCCUACGCCGCCAACUCAAUCACCGAGUAUGGUAUCCACAGUAUCAGCAGCCUCUACCGGACACCAGAAUCCACCACCGAACGCCGCAAUGAUUGAUCACCCAGCGAAUACAGAAAUACUCAUGGAGAGCCUCAUCAAGCUCGCACAUCCAGAUUUCACCAUAGCUGACGGGCAAAGGUCGACCUCAUUUGCAGACGUUGACAAAGAUCUUGUUCUUGACCUAUUACGAGCCGUGGGAGGCAUCUGCAAUCAAAUUCUGGAAGCCGAAAAGCAGCAUGAAAUGCAUGCGGCCAAAGUUCUCCGGAGAAGACUGGACGCAUCAAGGAGACUUCUGGAGGGUCAAUCUGAUAAUGGACCGGGUCCAAGAGAGUUGUUCGAUGCCGGUAAUAUGGGAGGUGUAUGA